AUGGAAACUACAUGGUCACCCGAUGAAGGAAUAACUGUCACUACCAACACAACUGGAGACAAAGAUGUAAAUGAAUUCACCUCAACAACAUUGUUGAUUUUGGUAAAGGUUGUGACAGUACUUGCAAUCUUUCUGUGCGUCUUACUGAAUCCACUGAUGCUUUUCACAUUACGUCGUGUCACCAGCAUCCAGCCAACAACCAAAAUAUUCAUGGCUUCUCUCACCCUGUGUGAUCUGUGCAACAGUUUAUGCUGGAUCCUUCCUUUAACAGAAUUGUUUGCUGGGUCAUGGUUGCUGGGGGAAUUUCUCUGUGUGGUACACGGUGUAACUAGGAACCUUUUUGUCGGUUUGAGUAUUAAUUCUCUUCUUCUCCUGACCAUGGAUCGUUAUAUUGCAAUUUCACAUUCACUGCGUUACCCUUCAAUCAUGACUGUGUUCAGAUCAAAGAUAAUUGUGUUCAGCACAUGGGCCACAGUGAGCAUUCUCUGCACUUUGGUAUUUGGGAUUCAUGGGAAUCAUAUUGUCUCACUGGAUACUCAUUACCUUUGCCUAGGACAUUAUGAUUGGAGAAAUUAUCUUACUCUUGCAGUGGUUGUUAUCAUAAUUCUAUCAAUAUUCAUCUUAUAUGCACACAUCGCCACGAUAGCUUGCAAUCAAGCCCGACGCAUUGCUGCUGAAAACCAAGCAGGUAAUGGUCAAGGUGGGCAGAGAAUAAACACCACAUCAACCACCACCAUCAUCAUCAUAACAGGGACUUUAUUAAUCACCUGGAUUCCUACAGUGAUCGGGUUGGUUAUGCUUCCACAAAGCACAUGGACGCUUUAUGAUAGGUAUUUGUGUGGGACGCUCACACAAGUUCUGCUGUUGUGCAAUGGCUGGCUGAAUGUUAUGAUUUACUACCUGAGGAAUAGGGAUCUUCGUCAGGCAAUACGUUCUUUACUAUCUGAAUGGCAUCAAAGUCUGCAACAAAGAUUCUGCUUCAAAAAUUGA